AUGUUUGCACCAAGAUCUUCAAGACCCGCUACCGUUGCUGUUUAUCCAUCAAAAAACGGUGGGCUCCGUCGAAAAAAGAAAGGCGAAAAUAUAACUCCUGCCAUUGAACUUGAGCGCAUCCUUGGAUUAACAACUUCAAAACCAACUGCAAUAUCAACUGCAUCUGCACAUGAUCUUGUAGCUUAUGCAGCUGGCUCUGUCGUUGUAUUAUAUAAUCACAAGAAAAACAAACAAGUUGGCUUUUUACACGCGUCUUCAGCGGUGUCUUCUGCUCCGCCUCAAACUCCUACAAAUCCUUCGUCUUCAAGUUGGUCUUCGGCUUUUCCUAAUCGACAUACUAUUGUUGGCGAUACUAUAACGAAUCCUUUGAGCUCCUUGGGGUUACUGGAACCUCCGGGUACGAAUGCUAAUGGAAAUUCUUCUAAGAAACCCGCUGUGAGCAAUAAGGCAAAACCUGUAUCAUGUCUUGCUUUUUCUCCUGACGGUAAUUUCUUAGCUGUUGGUGAGACUGGUCAUCAGCCUCGUAUAUUAAUAUGGGAUGUAUCAACAAAGACUUUAAUUAAUGAACUUAAAGGUCAUAAAUAUGGUGUAUUAGCAAUAGUAUUUUCCCCAAAUAUGAAAUGGGUUGUAUCUUUGGGGUUUCAACAUGAUGGUUAUCUAAAUGUUUGGAAUUUGAAAACUGGUGCAAAAGUCGCGUGUAACAAAAUCACUACCAAGGUCCACACUUUAGCGUUUAAUAGGACUGGUUCAUUUUUUGUAACUGCUGGCUUGAGGCAUGUAAAAUUCUGGUAUUUUGAUUCUAAUGGAAAUUUACCAAAAAAGACAGCGGGUCAAUCGAUACAAAAAACUGCGCAAGUACUUGAUGGGCGAUCUGGUAUUCUGGGCGAUUUAAGAGACAAUAAUUUUCUUGACGCUGCAUGUUGCCAGAAAUCAGAUCACACUUAUUUUGUAACUUCAAAUGGAUUGUUAUGUAUGUUUACAGAAGGUAGAUUAAUGGAUAAAUGGGUUAAUUUGCAGACCGGAUCAACAUAUAAUGGUACUGGUGAUCCUAAUGAAACAUAUCCAGAUACAACAGCUAUAAAAUUUGAUGCCGAAACCGGAAAACUUACUUGUAUUUAUAGUGAUCGUAGUCUUUUUAUAUGGGAUAUAAAAGAUAUAAAAAAAAUUGGAAAGUAUAGAAGUUUUCUAUACCAUUGUGAUACUAUUUGGGGUGUAGAGAUGGUACCUCACGAUGCUGCAGAUGGUACAUCUACGUUUCCAGAAAAUACUUUCGUCACUUAUUCCGCUGAUAGUACUAUCAGGUUUUGGAAUUUUGACGGUUCUGUUAACACGACCGGUUCAAACGUUGUUCCUGCGGGAAGCAACAACGCAACCUUAAAAAAAAACAUUUAUAGUAAGGAGUGUUUGAAAAUUGUUUAUGUGGAUCCGGACGGCAAAUAUCGGUCAUGUGCUUUGGAAGCAAAAAAUGAAAAAUCUGAUUCUUCAGAACAACUUGCUUCUACGUCUGUGGAAUUAGGUAUCCGUACUCUAAAAAUUAGUCCUGAUGGAAAACUAAUGGCAUCUGGAGAUCGAAGUGGAAAUUUAAGAGUACACGAUCUUAAUACUUUUAAGGAAAUUACGUACCAGGAAGCGCAUGAUGCAGAGAUACUGACAAUUGAAUUUACUGAUACACGUAUGCCUGGUGCUCCAUACUUAAUUGCUACUGCAAGUCGCGACAGAAUCUUGCAUGUUUUUGAUGUCAACAGUGGCUUUAAAUUGGUUCAAACUUUGGAUGAUCAUUCUUCAUCUAUAACUGCCAUAAAAUUCACCAAUGAUGGCGGAAAGUUGAUUAGUUGUGGUGCAGAUAAGAUAAUGGGUGUUGAUACCAACGAAAUUAAUUUUAAACAAGUUAAUAUUAACCAAAUUAAUAUUAAACAAUCUGGUGAUAUCCCGUGUUAUGUGACAUAUCAUAAUAUUUCGGGAAGAGCAACAGUAUUUGAUAUGGACAUUGACAUAUCAAAUCGAUACAUCGCCACUGUAUCAGGAGAACGUCGAUUAAAUGUUUAUCAUAUCGAUACAGGUAAAAAUGUGCGUUCAUACAAAUCAGAUACACCUGAGGAGGUCAAUACUGCAGACCAAGGAAGUUUACUUAGAAUUUCUUUGGACCCUGGUGGCGUACAUGCUGUAACUGGCGGAUCAGACAAAAGUAUUCGUCUUUUCGAUUUCACUAAUGGUUCAAUAUUGGGCAAAGUGCUUGGACAUUCUGAAUUAAUUACUGGAGUAAAAUUUACUUCUGAUUGUGAACGUGUUAUUUCAACCUCUGCUGACGGUUGCAUUUUUGUGUGGAAAAUAUCUGAUGAAUUGGUUUCAAAAAUGCGACAAAAAUGGCUAGAUAGAAGUGGUCUCAGUGGAUCACUUGAAAGGACAUCGCCCUUGAUGAGGGAUUAUCUUCUUCCACAAUCGUCAACACCACCAUCAACUCAGUCUAAAGCUACCUUACCAGCGCAAAGACCACAAUCACUUAUGGCAGAUCUUCAACAAUCAUCAAAUGAUGAUGCCAAUGGUCAAGAACCUGGUUUUUCUGUUCGUCGAGUAACAAAUGGUUUAAAAAUAAAAAAAUCUUAUUCAUCUUUAUCCGCUAUGGAACCUCAAAAUGAAGAAAAUUCAAAAAAAUUUACAGUUAAAAGACCUGUAUCAUUUGCAAAUGAUGGAUCACAACAACAGAAAUCUACUCAAUUGACACCUAGAUUUUCAUUAGAUCACAGUAAGCUUCCUAUGGCUACAUCACCACCACCUGGAAUAUCUACACCACCCAACACUCCAACUACUCCAAAUUCUGCAAGGAGAGAAUCAUGGAAAAUUGGUCUACCUAGUUGGGCAAAAAAGGCUUUUAAAGAAAAGGAAGAAGAAAAACACUUUAAAGAUAAAGCUUUAAAUAAUAACACUAAUAUAGUUUCAAAUGUUCUUGUCAGUAGCCCAACACAGGAAUACAAUAAUCCAUUUAAUGCAGAAAAAAAGUUACCUGCAAUUCCAAAGCCUUUGAAUAGAGCUAAAUCGCAAAGCAAAUUACAAGAAAUCAUUGCAGAUGAUUCUUGUAAUGAGGAUAAUGAGACUAUAUAUGUCGAAUCUCAAGAUGAAGAAGGGAUGGAUGAUAAUGAAAGUACGGGAUCUAAGGGACGCCGGAGUAGUUUUGUGGGAAGCAUUAAAGUAGUGGAAUUUGAUGCUGAUCGUCCAAAGUCAUCAUCUGGAAGCGAAAAAGAUAAUGAUGUUGAUUCUAAUGCCUUGGAAAAUGGCAAUGAAGAUGAUGAUGGUAUGGAGAGUGCUGAAGAAAAUGCUCAAAAAUUGGAGGAUUUCUUACAUAUUGAAAACUCUAGUGCGUAUAAUGAGGAUAAUUCGACUUUGGACAAUAAAACAAAAAAGAGACAAAGUUUGACCAUGAAAUUUUAUACAGGGAGUCAACGACAAUCCAAUGAUUCAAGUGGCCGUAAUAGUUUGAUCGAUGCAUUAACUAAAAUUAUAGGUAAACAUGAAAUAUCCAUAAGUGAAGAUGAAGGUGGUGUUUCGGAAGCUUUAGAGGCUUUGGAAAAGAGGUCUAUGGAAAUAGAGAAUCGCGAAAGCGAAUCUCGCGUCAAGGAAGGUUCUACUGUUGGGCAAGAAUCUGAUAAGAGAUCGCCACAACAGUCAAUAAUUUAUUCAACACCAUCAUCUCCGUCUACGCCAACUGAAGAAACUAAUAGUGAUAUGAACCUAAGACGCUCGGUUGAUCAUAAAAAUAAGGAAGAAAUCAAAAAUGAAAAUAUUUCACUAUUUGUUGAUAAAUAUGAUGCUGACAAUGAACAAUAUGUUAAUGAAAAUGAUUUAAAAGUUGAUGAUUUAGGUAUUUCGAUAUCUAAUGGAUACCAAAAUAACAAAGACUAUAAUGAUCUCGACGUCAAUGUGACCAAUCGACAAAGCGAAGAACAAAUAAAUGAAGAUUGCGUUAUGGACGAUGUAUUAACCAUGACAGUGCUUUUGGAACGAACUCUUUUAGCAUACAAAAAAGUGUCUUCAUCUGCCUCAAAGAAUGAAAGUAUAGCAAAAUUGAUUUCUGAGAGCUUAAGUGGGAUGAUGGAUGAUAUUAGUAAGAGUCUUAAAGUAAAUGAAGAGCAAACAAAUGAUCAAGUAAAUGAGUCUACAAAAAGCCAAAUCAUUGUGCCGGAAAUUAUUGAACCCGGACAAGAUAUAUACCGUGAUGAGGGUGAUAUAGAAUCUAUGACUUCGUACGGAUACACGCAAAAUCUUUUAGAAAAAUAUUCCGAUCUGUUGGUAAAAAUGGUUGAAGAAAAAAUGGACGCUAGAGCUAAAGUAAAUGUUGAAGAAUCAACAAGUAAUACACAAUCAAGCAUUAAUGACAACUCAUUGAGUAUUCCUACUGUUAACGGAAAGUAUACUAAACCCACUAAAGGCGGAAUGAUACCGGUUCGAAAUAAGUUUUUUAUUGAACAAUUAUCUGUGGAUAUUAGGGCAAUGACACAUUUUAGAGGUGGGGAUAGCAUAAUAUUGUGUUAUAAAAGACAAUUACCCGACUAA